GUCUUGACGCAGAUGUGUGUAUUUGCAGAGAAUGACAUUUGCGCGACUUGUCCUUUGAUUUUAAACUACAUUUCCCAUGAUCCUUUCUGUUGAAACAGGAAGUGUGGUUCUGGCGUAAACAUGAAGCGGGUUACACGUCAUGCCUGUGAUGAUGUGCCCAUCCCUGAAGAACAGGAGACAGAGGGCCAGAGACAACUACACAAUCUGCUGCUACAGCAACUGGAUACAGAUGUAAACAUUGACCGGUGUGUCGCUAAGAAGAAAUGCUUUGCUCCGGCAGCAGUAUACAAGCCUUUUGGGGAACAGGCAGCAGGUGUGAGGAGUCUGUCCCAGUUCCAGGCCUUGCAGGAUGGGGAUCAGGAACUGGCCACUCUAAGGGAGUUGGGCCUUACAGAUGCUGAAAUAGAGCUGUGGAGAUGCAGGGACCAGCCGGAGAGCUCUUGGAAGGAAAGAGGGGUUUGUGUGGAACCAGAGGCAAGGAAUCAGCGCCUGCAGGCGAUCCAGGAUAAAAUGGUGGCACAUGCAGAGCUGCUGUCCCGACCUCAGCGUUUCUCGAGCAGUCGGCCUCUUUCCCGUAGGGAGAUGGAAAUCGAAAAGGCUCUUUUCCACGGCAGUGACCGCUGCAGCUUCCUUACUGCCCUUUACCACCGAGAAGAAGAGUCACUGGUCAGCCAGCAGGGGGUGACAUCUGUCAUCACAAUGGACCAUUUCUAUAAACACUUUCUUGAAGGCCAGAACAAAAAUUUUGCUAGUACUUCAGAGCGUUUUCCUCAAUCAGAAAUUGUCACAAAUACCCAAUGUAAAUCAUCAAGCUUUAAAACUGACCAAUCAACUUGCGCAGUCCGUGAUUCCAGUCCAUCCAAAGACCAACCCAUAUCCCCGGAUUCAAGCCCUGUAUCGGACACUAUCAUCCAACCACAGUCUCAAGAAAAAAGUGUUAAAACUAUGAAAAUGACAGUUAGUCAGUCCAUUGGCACACUGUGUGCAGCUCUUGUCCAAGGGCAUGAUGGGCCUAUGAAAGUAAGUGGAAGGAUAGAGGAAAUUUCAGAUGAAGAGAUCAUGAACAAUCGUGAGACAGAAGAGGAUAUACGGAAUAUUCCCCGAUUUAAGAAUUACCAGAGAGGAAAUCCAUCCAAUGUCCUGUGCGUGAAGAACAUGAGUCCACGAGCAACAGUGGCUCAGCUUGUUUCUCUUUUUUCAAGGUUUCAGAAGGACGACAAACAGCCCAUUCUGUACCGCUUGUUGACUGGCCGACUCAAGGGCCAGGCUUUCAUUACGCUCUCUGAGUACUCCCCCCAUCCCAGAUAAGGAUAGGAUAAGAAUAGUUAGAAGUGAGGAGAUGGGGAUGCUGGAACAGCUGUUAUGGAACAGAGAUAUGAUGGUGACGUAGGCUUCCACUUCACUCAGAAUGUCAUUGUAAGAGUCACAUGGUGGCUUCAGAACAGACAGGGCUUCUUCCAUUAACUCUACGACUUCAUCCAGGCUCUUUUCUCCUGAUCCACACAGAAGCUCAGUGAUUCUUGCACUGCUCUGCACUAGAUCUCCCAGAGCAAAUAACAGAACAGGCUGAAAUCCAUUCUGUUCCACUGGAGGUAUUACACUCCCCAGAUCACUGUUUGCCAGUUGAACAGCGACUACAGGACCGCAGACGUUCCCCAAGAGUUCCAUGGUCUUCUGAUGCAGAUCCUUUAUCAGUGCAGCCUUGUCCUUCAGUGACGCUCCGGAGAAGGCAAUCCGUUCAUAAAGAGCAGGUUCAAUGCUCUUACGGACAUGUUUCUUCUCCUUCUCAGAAACAUCCAGGAUCAGGCACACAACAUUUCUCAUUCUGGCGCAGUUUUCCUCAAUGCUUUCAUUUUCAGAGACCGCAGGCUUUGAUUCAGAUGCUGGCCUGAAUUCUUCCAAAGCCUUGUCAUACUCUUCCAGGGCCUUCUCGAGUUCAUCACGCUCAAUGCUCCCUAUAAUGGCCUGAGCAAUCAUAUCAAUCCCUGCGAAUAACACCCCAAGUGUAACAGCGGCUAUGACCUCUGCUCCAAUUUGAUUAAAUGUUUCACUCAUGUCUGUUAGGAUAUUUAUGUUGUUAAUUAGCCAAACAAUUAGCUCAGUAACAACAACAGCAGUAGUGUCACGAUCACCAGUGAGAGUGCCUGUCAUUGCCAUCAGAGGGCACUCCAACCCGGACUACUAUUAUUGUCAAAGACUCCAUUACCCAUAACACACUGCCUGGUCUAUCUGCCAUGAUUGUUCACAGCUGUUUCUCAUUAUUCUCAUUAGCCCUGUUCGUUUCACCCUGUUACUCACUGCAAGGUUUUGUUAGUUGUUACACUGCAUCUCUGAGCAUUCUGUCUGGUUUCAUGUCUCUUGGUUUUUGGAUUUCUUGCCUGUCUUCUGGAUUACUCUUUUGCCUGUGUUCCCUGAUUUGUUUGCCUGUUUGGAUUGCCUGCCUGGAUAUUGACCUAUUGCCUGUUAUUUUGGAUUACGGUUCUGGAUUGUACCUCUAUUAAAGCUGCAUUUGGAUCUUCACUCAGUCUCGGAGCAGUUUCGUAACAAGUAGAAGCAAUGGCUGCAACAUCACAAACUGCAUGAAUAGCUGAUGAAACUAGUUGAAAGUCAGGGACGGACAGAGACAUGUUCUUCAGUUUCUUAUACAGCGCUGGCUCCAGCUUCUCCUUCAGCUUCUCAUCAAUCUUCAGCACUUCUGCCUGGAUCUCACGUAUACGUUGAAUGAUGACGUCACAGUUCUCCUUCAGAGUAGCGCUCUCGUUCAGGGCGAUCAGACUGAAUGACAAGCCUAAUUGCUUGUUCAGAGCCUCACUGGUUGGUUGGUCGCUCGGAAGUUGUUUUUCAUCAAUUCAUGAACCUCUUGACUUUUGCGGAUAAGCUUCUCCCUUCUCAUGUUCUUUAUAUUAGCAUCUUGAAAUAAAGAGAGAAACAAUUAUUUAGGAAUUUCACUAACACUGAUAUGAGUGACUAUGAUAAAUAUUGAUUAAUAAGAUUCCAUAUAUACUGCACAAGGCAACGCAGGCAUUGCAGAAGGUGAGCACGGACAUUGUUUGGCUAUAUUACAAAUAUAGGUAUGUUUUUGACAAUUCAGAGUUGCAGAUCUACAGUCUGCCUAAUGUAAGCAGUCACAUUACUCAGAAAAGCCACUCACAUUUCAGGACAGCCAGUGAAAAUCUUCAGUAUUUUAAGGAAACUAGCUCAAAACAGUAUUUUGACUUAACAGCACUUUGCAGUAUGCAAGACAUAUUUUUCACAAAUUACCAUGAAGAGACAAUGAUUGAGGCACAGACCUAUUGUCUGAAUAUUUUUCUGUGAAUUCGUACAGCUUGAUUCCUCAUGAAGCUCUACUCCCACUCCUAAACCCAACCAUCAGUAGGACAUGAAAAGAUCAUAAAAAGUACGAAUGACACUUUUAGAUGUCUUAUGUAAGUUUGGGUCAAGGGACCUGGGGGUUCACAAAUUCAAUUUAAGUGACAAUUCAAAAAAAAAAAAAAAACUCUCUUUAUACAUCUCAAGACCAAAACGUUUGUGUCUUCUCUUGUUCUUCCAGCCAUAUACAAUUCACAGCACGUGUUUUAUUUGUAAAUAUAUAUAUAUAUAUAUAUAUAUAUAUAUAUAUAUAUUUGGUCCCACUUUAUAUUAAGUGGCCUUAACUACUAUGUACUUACAUUUAAAUUAAUCAUUUGAUAAAAUGCACUUAUUGUGUACAUACAUGUUUUUACAUAGUACUUAUGUUUUAAAAACACCUGCAUGUAAUUACAUCUGUAAUUAAUUUCUGUAAUUACAUUUAUAAUUACACUGAUGACCCAUCCCUUACACCUUACCCCUACCCUUAAACCUACCCAUACCACCAAAGCUUUCCCUAACCUUACCCGUAUCCCACCUCAAUAGCAGCAAAAGUGUUUUGCAAUUCAAUAUGAACCCAAUAAGUACAUUGUACUUAUUUUUUGAUGUAAGUACAUAGUAGUUAAGGCCACUUAAUAUAAAGUGGGACCAAAUAUUUUUUAUAGUAAUAUUACUAUAAUAGUAAGGGAGAGAGAUGGAAGCUUUAUUUAGUGUGUCUGCUAAUUUGGGAAGAGUUUUUGUUCUGCUCUGAAAAACUAAAUCGUAACUGAAAAAUUAUCAAGUUAAAACUGGUUUUAUUCAUGUCAAAUAGUAUCAUCUAACUUCACUCAAUCAACAUAACUGGUUUUUAUGGGUUAAUUCUGGUAUAAAUAGCUCUGAAAGUUAACUAUUGCAGGUUAGCAUUUUUUACAGUGUACAUCAGUAUCAGCAUAAUGUCAUGGUGAUACAGCCGAUGAAUCGUAAAUGAAUAAAUCAGUUCAUACCACUGAAGGCAGUAAAAUAAAUGUCAGUUCACAGAUUCAGAAAUCUAAACAUUCUACAGCACUGAACACUGACACAGUCAUUAAACCAUCAUAUCGUUUAUAUUCAGUUACUCUAUUAGGGCCUCAUUGCUGAGGUCUCAUAGAAUUGAAAUGUGUUCAAAUAUCUGUUGGAGCCAAGUGGUCUGUACCAUCUGUCGGUUCUCCUGGGUGUUGCUGUACUUACUGCAUGGCAUUGUUCCCAGCUUUAACUUAGAUUAACGUAUUUGAUAUAUAAAAUAAAAUACAUUUAGGGAUUGUU